AGCUUCUAACCAGGACUUUUGGGUCAAUGUUGUUAGCUGAAGUACUUGUAGGUUUACAAGGAGAUGAACAGUUUCUUUUUAAAAGGAUUGGAAAUGUGAACAUUGGAAAACAAAUUAGUUUUUAAAAUGCUUGAGAUGAAAAAGCCAGUAUUUUCGAAGCCCUGGUGAAGCCGCUUCCUGUAUGGUUCUUCUGUGGAGGCUGGUUGGGGAUCACCCCACUGGAUGCUGUGGUACUGAGCUCUGGGGUCUCUUCACCGUGUGUAUAAGGAACACCCCCCACCUCAGAACUGCCUUUAGACAGCAGUCCUGUAGAGCUGGACCGUUUGCCGAGACCUGUCUCCUGUGGUCCCCGAAUGCAGGAUGUGAUCUUCGUGGUGGAAAACUAAGUCUUUAAACUACCCCAAUGGAUGCAGACAGUGAUGUUGCAUUGGACAUUUUAAUUACAAAUGUAGUCUGUGUUUUUAGAACAAGAUGCCAUUUGAACUUGAGGAAGAUUGCUUUGGAGGGAGCAAAUGUCAUUUAUAAGCGUGACGUUGGAAAAGUAUUAAUGAAGCUUAGAAAACCUAGAAUUACAGCUACAAUUUGGUCCUCAGGAAAAAUUAUUUGCACUGGAGCAACAAGUGAAGAAGAAGCUAAAUUUGGUGCCAGACGUUUAGCCCGUAGUCUGCAGAAACUAGGUUUUCAGGUAAUUUUUACAGAUUUUAAGGUUGUGAAUGUUUUGGCAGUUUGUAACAUGCCCUUUGAAAUCCGUUUGCCAGAAUUCACCAAGAACAAUAGACCUCAUGCCAGCUAUGAACCUGAACUUCAUCCUGCCGUGUGCUAUCGGAUAAAGUCUCUGAGAGCUACAUUACAGAUAUUUUCAACAGGAAGCAUCACAGUGACAGGGCCCAACGUAAAGGCUGUGGCCACUGCUGUGGAGCAGGUCUAUCCAUUUGUGUUUGAAAGCAGGAAGGAAAUUUUAUAACUCACACUUCGUUGGUUAGUCUCUAACUGAGCACCUUGAAACCUGCUGCACAUUGGACUCAAAACACAAGGACAACUGGACCAACAGUGACCGAGGGAGUAGACUCCACUCACGGCUACAGUGUAAGCUCCAGUCCCUUUGGAUUUUACUUCAAACUUUGCUGUAAUAUAAAAAGGAAGUUUACAAGACAUGACGUUGCUGCUUUUACAAAAGGACAUUCUAUUUAUUUUCGCAGUAAUCCUCAUGUCCCCACAGGCAGAGCUGUCACGGUGUGCACUACCUUAAAAAAUUGUUUAUUGUUGUCAUUAUUUUUCCAGUUUGAGCUAAUGUGUUUUAUUUGUGAAUAGUCUUUUACAUUUUUGUAUGCUGAAUAUGGGCACCAAAGAACUUGUAAAAGUUAUCUUUUUCAAUUGAAUGUGCACAAAUAAAAGUUUGGAAAAGA